AUGUUAUGGUCUAGUUCCGCCACUGGAGUGAAGCCAGGUAACAUGUUGCUUGCAUUGAAGGAUGUCAACCCUCAGAAUGUGACUACCAUAAGGCAAGUGUACAAUGAGCGGAUGACACACAUUAGGGCCAAGAGGGGACAAUUGUCAGAGAUGCAACACUUGAUGAGAUUGUUGGAGGAAGACAGGUACAGGCACUGGUCCAGAACUGAAGAGGAUAGCACGUACAAGACCAACAAGUAUAUGAUACCAUUGUUGGAGAUGGUUGGCAUGACAUCAGUUGGAUUCACAUACACAAUCGAUUUUGGCUACAUGUGCAAUGAACGUGAACCUGAAGUUACAUGGGCACUUCAAAAACUAAGGGGGUUGCUACUUAAAGAAGAGGACAUGCCUAAAGUCAUGGUUACUGACAAAGACAUUUCUUUGAUGAACGCAGUUACAGCCACAUUCCCUACAGCAGCUCACUUGCUAUGCCAAUUCCAUAUAUCUAAGUGUGUGAAGGCAAAGUGCAAGCUCACUAUCCAAGACAAGGAGAUGUGGGAUGAUGUCGGGGACGCAUGGAAUAGAGUCAUGUAUGCCGAGUCAGCGGAGGAGUUUAAUGCAGGCAUGGACUUCUUACGUUCACUUGUUGGGGAGCACUCUGACCUCAUGAAUUACAUUAAGGAAACUUGGUUGCCGUUUAAGCACAAGGUUGAAGGUGCACACGCAAAACUGAAAGCGUGCAUCAAAGAUAGUAAGAGUGACAUGUGUGCGGCUUGGGCAGCUAUACAUAGGAGGUUUACAUCAACAUCUGCACCUGAUGAAUCCCAACCUGUUUUGGGAUUGAGCAUUGCGACAGAGUUAGAAGUCAUUGUAAAGAUGUUUGAAAAAGCUAAUGUUUCAAUAAGACAAACUAUCAAAGAGAGGCUUCGGGAGAUUGCAUACCCAGAUCAGACUUCUAUGUGUCAUCCUCCAAACAAGUUGCCUACAAGGGGUCGGCCCAAUGAACCUAAGGGUUCUACCAGACGCAUUCCUUGUUCUUGGGAGAAUGUUGAUGCAGUACUUGGGUCAAAGCAAGGUAGCAACUCAUCAGCUCCACAAGGCAAGGGGCGUAAGACCCGGUCAACAAAACGGAAGAGCAUUCCUUCCAAUCAAUCUGCACCUAAGAAGAGAAGCAAGAGGAUAACAAGCAAGUCAGCUCAGCUCCCGCCACAGCACCCGAAAGGCAAAGUUUACUCGGCCAACUACAUCCAUGAAGUGCCGAAUUCCUCCGUGAGUAUGUCAUUGACAUUCACAAUGUUGAAGAUGAUGGCAAUUUUGGAUAUAGAUGCAUUUCUUCCUUGA